AUGUCCAAACUCUUUCAUCAAUAUUUUUAGUUCUGACUUACUAUAAGGCUUUGGUCAAACUGCAUUAUCCUUGUAUAGAGUAGGCACAAUAUUUUCUUUCUACAUGUUGGAAGCUGUAGGAUCUGAUGGGAUAUAUGCUGUCCUCAGAGCUCUCUGGAAGAGAGUCAGGGAUAAUGAUAGUGAUGAUUUAGGUGUGUUAGAAAAUACCUCAAUUGACCAACUGUUGUUUUUAGCAUCACCUUAUGAUUGGCUAAAGAAAGAUGGCACGUGAUUAGCUUCAGACUGUCAAGAACUCUUUUGAAACCAUGGCCCAUGCCUGAGUCAGAUUUAAAAGCCAGGUCCUGGGAAAAGGAGGUUAACUCUGCACUAUCUGUCAUGUAUUUUGGAUUUCAGAAGAAAGAUUCCAGAGUUUCAUUCUCAAAUCAUUUUCAAUAGCUGCUAGCCAAAGAAGCAGAUGCCAGUGAUCACUUCAAGAUCAUAAACUACAAGCCUCCCAGCUCUGACCUAGCUGAUAAAGAUCAGAUGGUGCCUGAAUAGAAGGUGCCCCAGUUCUGGGUCCAUGAUGUACGGACCAGUUGAAUUUUCAGAAGCUGAUUACCCACAAGUUGAAUAUCAAAGAAAACAACAAUUUUGGGACCCAAUAAGGCUAGCUCUUUACACUUUGGCAAUUGUAGCAAUCAUAGGAAUUGCAAUUGGUAUUGUUACUCAUUUUGUUGUUGAGGAUGAUAAGUCAUUCUAUUAUCUUGCCUCUUUUAAAGUUACAAAUAUAAAAUACAAAGAAAAUUAUGGAAUGAGAACCUCAAGAGAGUUUAUGGAAAGAAGUCAUCAGAUUGAGAGAAUGAUGUCUAGGAUAUUUCGACGUUCUGGAGACGGUCGGUUUAUCAAGUCUCAUGUUAUCAAAUUACGACCAGAUGAAAAUGGUGUGAAUAUUCUUAUAGUGCUCAUGUUUCGAUACCCAUCUACUGAUAGUGCUGAGCGAAUCAAGAAAAAAAUUGAAAGGAUUUUAUAUCAAAGUCUGAAGACAAAACAGUUGCCUUUGACUAUAAACAAACCAUCAUUUACACUCACAUCUAUUGACAGCAAAAAGAUGCGGAAUCUUCUCAACAGCCGCUGUGGAAUAAGGAUGACCUCUUCAUACAUGCCAUUACCAGCAUCCUCUUCUACUGAAAGGAUUGUCCAAGGAAUGGAAACAGCUAUGGAAGGGGAGUGGCCAUGGCAGGCCAGCCUGCAGCUCAAAGGGGCGGGACAUCAGUGUGGAGCCAGCCUCAUCAGUAACACUUGGCUGCUCACAGCAGCUCACUGCUUCCGCAAAAAUAAAGAACCAAGUCAAUGGAUUGUUACUUUUGGUGCAACUAUAACACCACCUGCAGUGCAACGAAGUCUGGGGAAAAUUAUCAUCCAUGAAAAUUACCACAGAGAAACAAAUGACAAUGACAUUGCUUUGGUUCAGCUUGCUACUCAAGUUGAGUUUUCAAAUGCAGUUCAGAGAGUUUGCCUCCCAGAUUCAUCUAUAAAGUUGCCACCUAAAACAAGUGUAUUUGUCACAGGAUUUGGAUCCAUUGUAGAUGAUGGACCUACACAAAAUAGACUUCGGCAAGCCAGGGUGGAAACCAUAAGCACAGCUGUGUGCAACAGAAAGGAUGUGUAUGAUGGCCUGAUAACCUCAGGAAUGUUAUGUGCAGGGUUCAUGGAUGGAAAAGUAGAUGCAUGUAAGGGAGAUUCUGGUGGACCUCUGGUUUAUGAUAAUCAUGACAUCUGGUACCUUGUCGGUAUAGUAAGCUGGGGACAAUCAUGUGCACUUCCCAAAAAACCUGGAGUCUACACAAGAGUGACUCAGUAUCGAGACUGGAUCGCCUCAAAGACUGGUAUCUAGUGUGAACUGUCCAUGAAUUAUAUCCAUGGCACACAGAGCUAAAACUCCUGCAUAUUGUAUAUUUAUAUUCUUGGGGUUUGGAUCAAUGCUUUUGCUGGAUGUCAAGAAGUCCUUCAGACUUGAACUAAUCUCAUAUCAUUAGGUGGACUUUGUGUACAUGUGACAGAACUCUUCCCUACCCUAAGGGAAGAAGACAGCGAAUGACAGGUAGCACUGACUCCUCACUCACAUGGGAAACUGUUUGUGAUCUUAUUCAUCAGAUGCAUGUUUACAAAUGGUUUCCCCCAAGUGAAGAUGGGAAACAUCAUUCUCCACAGGAUAUAAAGAGCUGCCAGGGCUGCCAAAAUCUUACCACAUAUAGUACCUGGAGCACUUGGGAUUCUUCUAGUAAAAAAUCAAACAGCAAUCCUCUCUAAGGAUUCAAGGCUUCAACCUUCUAGGACUGAUGACUGAACACUCAAUGGCUAGAAUGGAGAAGUAUGGGAUUUGCAAUAUACCUUGAACUCUAACUUAGGUUUAUAAAUAAUAAUACAGAGCAUUAUCAUUAACCACAAGAGUUGCCACUUAAAAGAUGUUGAAAUGUAUCUGAACUUGCUAUUAACAUUGUGUUAUACACAAAAGCACUAGCUUCAGGAUGUAUGUUGUAUUGUUAAUAAGCAUUUCUGAUUUAUUCUUUAACAGCAUCUUGCUAUACAUACAUCAGUUGGAGUUAGACCACAAGGGAGAAUAAAGAAGAAUCUUGGGAGCACUUUUCCAUGGGUACAAGGAGAAUAAAAUGAACCAAUGGGACCCAGGCUAGCAGAGUUGGUUUCAAAUGAUUAAUGAUAAAAGAAGCACUCUUUAGAUUUUUGGUAGAAUGAGACAUCCAGUUAUGUAUUUAGAAAUAUCU